GUCGGCCACAAUUAUUGAACACCUACUUGCUGAGUUCCUACUACCAUUGCAUUUAUUCUCAAAGGUCUCCAGCUUGGUUCAGUACUCACUCUUUCUAAACAAAUUUCUCAUCAUCUUAUCAUUUCACUUUCAACUCUUUAAUUUGUUUUCACAAAAAAAUGGCCGACGCUUUGCUUGGAGUUGUGUUUGAAAAUUUGACGGCUCUCCUUCAAAAUGAAUUUUCAACCAUUUCUGGAAUUAAGUCAAAGGUUCAAAAGCUAUCAAACAACUUAGUUCACAUCAAGGCUGUUCUUGAAGAUGCUGAGAAGAAACAAUUCAAAGAACUCUCUAUUAAGCUAUGGUUACAAGACCUCAAAGAUGGUGUUUAUGUGCUCGAUGAUAUCCUUGAUGAGUACUCGAUCAAGUCUUGUCGACUGAGAGGAUUUACCUCUUUCAAACCAAAGAACAUCAUGUUUCGCCAUGAGAUUGGUAACAGGUUCAAAGAGAUUACAAGGAGGUUAGAUGAUAUUGCUGAAAGUAAGAACAAGUUUUCUCUACAGAUGGGUGGCACUCUUAGGGAAAUCCCAGAUCAAGUAGCUGAAGGGCGCCAAACCGGCUCCAUUAUUGCUGAACCAAAAGUGUUUGGACGAGAAGUUGAUAAAGAAAAGAUUGUUGAGUUUCUUCUCACCCAAGCAAGGGACUCUGACUUCCUUUCCGUCUAUCCCAUAGUUGGUUUAGGUGGUGUUGGAAAAACAACUCUUGUUCAAUUGGUCUACAAUGAUGUUAGGGUGAGUGGCAAUUUUGAAAAAAAAAUUUGGGUUUGUGUUUCUGAGACUUUCUCGGUAAAGAGGAUUUUGUGUUCUAUUAUAGAAUCUAUCACAUUACAGAAGUGUCCUGACUUUGAUUAUGCUGUAAUGGAAAGAGAGGUGCAAGGAUUGUUGCAAGGGAAAAGAUAUUUGCUGGUUUUGGAUGAUGUGUGGAAUCAAAAUCAACAAUUGGAAUCAGGGUUAACACGAGAGAAAUGGAACAAAUUGAAACCUGUGUUGUCUUGUGGAUCCAAAGGUAGUUCCAUUUUAGUGUCCACCCGUGAUGAAGUUGUUGCAACGAUCACAGGAACAUACCAAACUCAUCAUCGUUUGUCUUCUCUCUCUGAUAGUGAAUGUUGGUUGUUGUUCGAACAAUAUGCAUUUGGACAUCACAAAGAAGAGCGUGCUGAUCUCGUGGCAAUAGGAAAGGAGAUAGUAAAGAAAUGCAAUGGAUUGCCUCUUGCAGCAAAAUCAUUGGGAAGUUUAAUGAACUCAAGGAAAGAUGAAAAGGAAUGGCUUAAAAUUAAAGACAGUGAACUUUGGGAUUUAUCAGAUGAAAAUUCCAUUUUGCCUGCUUUGAGGUUGAGUUACUUUUAUUUACCGGCAGCCCUAAAACAAUGUUUCUCUUUUUGUGCUAUAUUUCCCAAAGAUGCAGAAAUCCUAAAGGAAGAAUUGAUUUGGCUUUGGAUGGCUAAUGGAUUGAUUUCAUCUAGGGGUACUACGGAGGUUGAAGAUGUUGGCAUCAUGGUGUGGGAUGAAUUGUACCAAAAAUCAUUCUUUCAAGAUAGAAAAAUGGAUGAAUUUUCUGGCGACAUUUCAUUCAAGAUGCAUGACCUUGUCCAUGAUCUUGCUCAAUCAGUAAUGGGGCAAGAAUGUAUGUAUUUGGAGAAUGCAAACUUGACUAGUUUGUCAAAAAGCACACACCACAUUAGUUUUGACAAUAAAGACUCGUUAUCCUUCGACAAGGAUGCUUUCAAAAUAGUUGAAUCCUUGCGAACAUGGUUUGAGUUUUGUAGUACUUUUUCAAAAGAAAAACAUGAUUACUUCCCAACAAACCUUUCUCUUCGGGUUUUAUGCAUAACCUUUAUCCGAGAGCCAUUACUAGGUAGUUUAAUUCAUUUAAGGUAUUUGGAACUUCGUUCUCUUGAUAUAAAAAAGUUGCCUGACUCAAUUUACAACUUACAAAAACUGGAAAUCUUGAAAAUAAAAGACUGUCGUAAACUGAGUUGUCUCCCAAAACGCUUGGCUUGCUUACAAAAUCUUAGACAUAUAGUCAUUGAAGUAUGUCGGUCUUUGUCUCUCAUGUUUCCUAACAUUGGAAAAUUAACUUGUCUAAGAACAUUAAGUGUGUACAUUGUUAGUUUAGAGAAAGGGAAUAGCUUGACAGAGUUACGUGAUCUAAACCUCGGUGGAAAACUGCAUAUCCAAGGAUUAAACAAUGUUGGCAGGUUAUUUGAAGCUGAAGCGGCUAAUUUGAUGGGUAAAAAAGACCUUCAUGAAUUAUACUUGUCAUGGAAAGACAAACAAGGAAUUCCAAAGAACCCUGUUGUUAGUGUUGAGCAAGUACUUGAAGUUCUUCAACCUCACUCAAAUCUCAACUGCUUGAAAAUAAGUUUCUAUGAGGGAUUAUCCUUGCCAAGUUGGAUAAUUAUUCUUAGUAAUUUAGUUUCUCUUAAACUUAAGCGUUGUAAGAAAGUUGUGCGGCUUCAGUUACUUGGUAUACUACCAUCUUUAAAAAACCUGGAAUUAUCUUAUAUGGAUAAUCUGAAAUACUUGGAUGAUGAUGAAUCUGAGGAUGGUAUGGAGGUGAGGGUUUUCCCAUCUCUGGAGGAACUCGUAUUAUAUCAGUUACCAAACAUAGAGGGUUUAUUGAAAGUGGAAAGAGGGGAGAUGUUUCCUUGUCUUUCUAAGUUGGAUAUCUCUGAAUGCCGUAAACUUGGACUGCCAUGUCUUCCAUCUCUUAAAUCCCUCACUGUAUCGGAAUGUAACAAUGAGUUACUGAGGUCAAUCUCUACCUUCCGUGGUCUUACUCAGCUUUUCGUAAAUGGGGGUGAAGGAAUAACAUCCUUCCCAGAGGGGAUGUUCAAAAACCUUACUUCUCUUCAAUCUCUGAGAAUAUAUAAUUUCCCAAAACUGAAGGAGUUACCAAAUGAAACCUUUAACCCAGCUUUGACGCUUCUGUGUAUCUGUUAUUGUAAUGAGUUGGAGUCCUUACCAGAGCAAAAUUGGGAAGGUCUUCAAUCCCUUCGAACUCUACAUAUUUAUAGCUGUGAAGGAUUGCGAUGUUUGCCGGAGGGUAUUCGACACCUCACUUCUCUUGAGCUUCUGACUAUCAUUGGUUGCCGAACAUUAAAGGAACGAUGCAAGAAGCGAACAGGGGAGGAUUGGGACAAGAUAUCUCAUAUUCCAAAAAUACAGUUUUAAGAAGCAGAGACGUUUACCCUUAUCUGCCUCAUUAACCAUCGCAAAAAUCAAUUUUACUGGAAGAGAUCCAGAGUACAUGAAAGAUAUUCUACCUAAGAUAGCUCAUAUUCCAAAAAGAGAUAUUCAUGAUUUUCCAUGGGAUUAGCAAGUCUGAUUACUCGUAUGUUGUUUACCCUUAUCUGGCCUCGAUCACCAUCGCAAAAUUCAAUUCACUUAACUGGAUUUCCUUUGACACACAAGGGUGGGGUCGACAAAUAAAUGGAUUAAUAGGUUCCUAAUGAUGAAGAUGACAUCGUUCGGAGUGGAGGAUGUGACAAUGAGUCCGGUGGUGGUAGAGGUUUUCGCUUUUGAUCAUUGGGGCGUGGGUCGGAGCUCUGUACACAAUAGAAAGUCUGAUCAUCAAGGAAUCACUUGCUUUCUCUGUUUUUGUAUGGAAUAUGUCUACGAGUAAAAUUAUUGUGAGAAUUGGGCCAUAUCUUUAGAAUUGACGCUGAGCUUGUUAAUGCAACAAAUCAAAAUUCUUGGUUCAAGCUAUUAGCCAGAUAUGUUGUGGAAUGCUGCUAAAUCGCAGCCAUGUUUGUGUCGAACAAUGUUAUUGAUCAAGUUGUGUUGUGUCCACUGUUUUUCCUGAAAGCAAGAGGAUGCUUCAGCUAAACCACAGAAACUAUAAGAGGUGACACUUAUUUCGCUUCGAACUAUGGAUAUUCUUGAAUGUGAGGAAUUGAGAUCCCUGCCAUAAGAUUAUCGUUAUCGCGUUUCCACUUCCAUUGAUGCUGGUAUUGAUAUGGUGAUGGUCCUUCAUUUAUGAAAUAGCCCUUUCAUGUAUAAUAUAUUUAUGAAAGAGUCGGAAUUUCAUGUUCGAUCAGGGGAAACACCAAUAGCCAGAAUUGGCGACGUUGUUAAGCAAUAUUAGGAAUGAAGUUUGCUGCUGAAGAUUUCAAUUUCCUCUAACUGAUAGCUUUGUGCUGGUUAUGGUUAAUUUCAAGGCAAGGGACUGAAUGUAUUUUGGCCUGAAAAAUCAAUCUCCAAAGAAGGCAGUGAAUAAUGGUGAUCCAACACAUGAGCCGAACUUAAUUCCAACUAAUAACAGAUGUUGAAAAGAGUUAUAUAUAGCUUCUCCUAAGCCUCAGGAGGUUGUCCUUGGUUUUACAAUAUCUACUAAAUGGAAGGGGGUAGAGAAGUAUAUACCGUUGAUGUAACCAUCCACUAAGCAAUACACACAACCACAAAGGACUUGAGAAGUUAAUGAAUAGUCCGGUGCAACAGUCGUGCGAAAAAAAGCAACAGAUGAAGUCUCAACAAAUUUGAGUUCAUUAUCAUCAGCACACAUGAAUGAUCCUUAGAAGGGACUUCAGCUUGAGGAUAUAUAAUAUUUGAUUACCUUCACAAAUUAGCUUCCACUGAAUAUAUUUAAGAACUCAUCCUUGUUUUAUUUCAAAUUCUUGUUUCUUAUCUGUUCAGUAAGUGAACUUGUCAUAAAUAUCCCUGUGUCUGGGAAGUUUGUUUAUAAUAAUUCGUGAUAAGAACUAGGAUUCGACAUAAAACAAAGUCAAUAGAAUUCUUAAUCUCUCAAACUCUGAAAUGCUUAUUAUUUUAAUGAUUCUAGCUAGAGCAAAGUGAUUGAUUUACUUCUUGCA